AACCACUGCGGGUCACCCUGUCUCCAAAGAACCUGAAGACGGGGAUCAGCAGUACAGUAAUCCUCUCCUGUGCUGUCCAGGGUUCCCCCCACUUUACUGUGUCCUGGUACCGUAACACAGAACCCGUGAUGCCUGAUCAGCACUUUUCCAUCCAAGGAGCACACAAUGAGACACUUUUCAUCUCUGCUGCACAAAAAAGACACUCUGGGGCUUACCAGUGCUUUGCCUCGCGAAAGGGUCAGACUGCACAAGACUUCUCCAUCAUACUGCUAGAAGAUGGUACACCUCGCAUCGUUGCCUCCUUCAGCGAACGUGUGGUUGUCCCCGGCGAGCCAUUUUCUCUGAUGUGUGCAGCCAAAGGAGCCCCUCCACCUACAAUCACAUGGACCUUGGAUGAUGAGCCUGUAGCCCGUGAUCUGUCACGUGUUAGAUCCAGCCAGUAUACCCUCUCUGAUGGAAGCACCGUAAGCUUCGUCAAUGUCAGCAGCCCACAGAUCCGUGAUGGAGGAGUGUAUCGGUGCGCCGCACGAAACUCGGCUGGUGGUGCUGAGUACCAAGCGCGCAUAAACGUAAGAG